GGCAGGGUUUGUAUUGGCCGGGCCCGCGCCGCCCCGGACGAAGCCCGCGGCCGCCGUCGUCGGACCAGCGAGAGCCAGACCACCGCCCGCCACCGCCUCCGCGCGGGGCAGCCCCUCAAGCACCAUGCUCAUGUCCCGCCAGCCCGGGCGCUUGCGAGGCGGCAAGCACAAGCAGCCCGAGUCGCGGUCGGCCAAGCUCACGCGGCUCGACGAGUACAUCAAGAAGCGCGACUACACGGGCGCGUUAGCUUUACUCGAAUUUAACAGGAAGGGAGCGUCGCCCGAGGAGCAGCGCGACGCGUUGCUUUGGGUGGGCUACUGCGCGUGCCACGCGGGCAACUACCAGCGGGCCCACGAGGCCUACGAGGAGAUUCUCAGUGGUACGAUGUCUUCCUCGUUGAGGCGGGGCGAAGGGAAAGAUGAAGGGAAGGAGGCUGAGGAGAAGCCGCCCCGGGAGGUCCACCUCUACGCCGCGUGCUGCCUGUUCUACAUGCAGUCCUACGAAGAAGCAGAAAAAGAAGUCGAGAAGUACGAUUCUGCCGGUAGUGACCUAGAGCGGAGGAUCCGCGACGCGCAGACGCCCGCGGCCAUGAACGCGAAGCGGAAACAAUUGCAGGAGGAGCUGGGCCAGAAGGGCGGUUUGGGGCUGUUGUCGGACGACGAGUUACUGAAGAAGAUCGAGGACGACGUGCGCGGGAAGGACGGCGCGCGGCAGGACGCGGAACGGGCUCUGCGGAAUAGGCUGCUCUUCCACUGCGCGCAUAAGAGAGAUGAUCAAGACAAACUCAUGCAGCGCCACCAGGACUUGACGGAUGCGAACGAGGACCAGUUAUCCUUAGCGGCCAUUCAUUACUUGCGAUCGCAUUUCCAGGAAGCGACCGAUAUCUAUAAAAGAUUACUGUUGGAGAAUCGCGAUGACUUAGCGUUGAACGUCUAUGUCGCGAUGUGCUACUACAAGCUUGAUUAUUAUGAUGUUUCGUUGGAGAUCUUAGCCGUGUACUUACAAGCGCAUCCUGAUAGCGCAAUAGCCGUCAACUUGAAGGCCUGCAACCACUUCCGGUUGUAUAACGGGAAAGCGGCCGAGGCGGAACUCAAGGUGUUGCAGGACCAGGGCCACGCUCUGGGUUCCAAUGAUCUCAUCAGACAUAAUCGAGUGGUCUUCUCGCAGGGCGAAGGGGCGUUACAGGUACUACCGAGGCUCGCGGACUUUGUUCCGGAAGCUCGUUUGAACCUCGUCAUCUACCAUUUCCGCCACGACGGCAUGCAGGAGGCCCACGAGCUCAUCAAGGACGUCGAACCGUCGACGCCCCAAGAGUACAUUCUGAAGGGAGUCGUCAACGCUUCGGUGGGCCAAGCAUUGGGUUCGAGAGAGCACGUGAAGAUGGCGCAGCAGUUCUUCCAGCUGGUGGGAGCGUCGGCGUCGGAGUGCGACACGAUCCCCGGACGGCAGUGCAUGGCGUCCUGCUUCUUCCUACUCAAACAGUUCGAGGACGUGAAUAUUUACUUGAAUUCGAUCAAGGCCUACAUGUACGGCGACGACGACUUCAAUUGGAACCAUGGGAUAAGUCUAGCCCAGACGGGGAAUUACAAAGGCGCGGAGGAGGCCUUGCUGUUAGUCCAGAACGAGCGCUACAAGGCCGAGUACUGCUACGUCAGUUGGCUGGCGCGGUGCUUCGUCAUGAACGGCCAGCCGAAGAACGCCUGGGAGUUGUAUUUGAAAAUGGACACGUCCAACGAAUCAUUUAACUUACUGCAAUUGAUCGCGAACGACUGUUAUAGGAUGGGCCAGUUCUUGUAUGCGGCCAAGGCCUUUGAUGUUUUAGAAAGAUUGGACCCGGACCCGGAGUUCUGGGAGGGCAAGCGCGGCGCGUGCGUCGGCGUGUUCCAGCAGGUCGUGGCGGGCAAGGGCGCCAAGGAGGAUCUGCGGGACGUGCUGGCCAUGGUGCGCAACACGUCGAACCCCCAGGUCGAGUACAUGGUGCGGAUCAUCUCCAAGUGGGCCGCGUCGAACGGCGUGAAGAUCAACUAGCUAGCUAGUAUAAACAAUCCUUACUUCUA